AUGACCCGUGGAUCCACACGUGACUCACUAAGCGAGGCGGCUGAGUCAGCCGCACCGCACUCAAAUGCGUCUCAGGCCGCCCACACUUCAUCUUUCUUCUUACUAUCUUUCUUCAUCCUCGCAGAAAUCCAAAUAAACUACUCGCCCCCUCCAUCUCAGCGCACCAUGAUCGGGCUCAUGUUUGAACACUAA